AUGGCCAACGACGAAUAUGAUUUUCUCUUCAAAGUGGUGUUGAUCGGAGAUUCAGGUGUUGGUAAAUCCAACCUGUUGAGUCGAUUCACCCGCAACGAGUUCAACCUGGACUCCAAGUCGACGAUCGGUGUGGAAUUUGCGACUCGCUCAAUCCAGGUUGACUCUAAGACCAUCAAGGCACAGAUUUGGGAUACUGCUGGUCAGGAGCGCUACCGUGCUAUCACCUCUGCCUACUACCGCGGCGCUGUUGGUGCCCUUCUUGUCUACGAUAUCAGCAAGCACCAGACCUACGAUAACGUUACCCGGUGGUUGAAGGAGCUUCGCGACCAUGCUGACUCCAAUAUUGUAAUUAUGCUUGUUGGUAACAAGAGCGAUUUGAGGCACCUGCGUGCCGUCCCCACCGACGAGGCCAAGCAGUUUGCUAGCGAAAACAACCUGUCUUUCAUCGAAACUUCCGCCCUCGAUGCCAGCAACGUCGAGCUCGCCUUCCAGAACAUCCUCACAGAAAUCUACCGUAUCGUAUCCAGCAAGGCCCUUGACAACGGCGAGUCCACCGGUGGGCCUUCUGUAGACCGCCGGGUGAUCGAUUUCACUCCGCAGGAAAAUGAGCAGAAGCAGGGCUGCUGCUAA